AUGAAUAGCACAACCACCGAAUUAUCGGUAAAUCCUGUUCAAGAUCGAAAAAUCACGACUCCACCACCAAUACAUAAAUCAUCCCGGCAUCGUCGACUACAGAGUUUACGAAGGUUGGCAUCUCAAACGAAUAUAAGAUGCCAUACAACUUUAGAGAUUGAUGAGGAAACAAGAGAACUUACUGUUCAACCUGAUGAUAAUACAUGCACCUCGAACACUUCCCAACCCGAUGAUAAUAAAUGCACCUCGAACACUUCCCAACCUGAUGAUAAUAAAUGCACCUCGAACACUUCCAUCAACAGCACAGAACAGAAACCAAAAAAAAGAUGUGCACCUAGUUCACUAUCUUUCUUUAUUGGGCUGAUUCUACUCGUUUGCUUUUUUGUUGGGGGGUACACUUUAUUGGAAAAGCAUUCUUAA